AUGAUAGAACGCAUGGCACAUGAGCCGAAUGUGCACGAUCUAAACGAUCUGCUGGAUCUUGUUCGUGCUUUGAAUGAGCUUGGUUCUAGCUCCGAUGUGGAUGCAAGGAAAUUAAGAGAAAUUCGUAUUCUCUGGCAGGUAAUCUUGGGAAUCGAUGAACACCUGUUUGAUCAGCUACAAUACACCAAUUUGAGUUUGGAGAUACGAUCGCAUCUUGGACGAGCGAGCUUCCAUUGUUUGAGCGGCAAUGACCAUCACACCGAAUUUUCAGUGCAAAAUGCUGUCGGCGAUGUGCUUUUAACCAAAUCACUGAUACGCUCCAUCGAAGAAGAGACAGGACCUCAUUUGCAACCCAACAUCACACAGGAAUUGAGCAUGAUAAACAAGAUAAGGCUGGUUUUAUUUGAUUUGGAAAGCGUCGUGUCAAAUCUCUCCACAAAGUCACGUCUGAUGGACUAUGUGUCGCAAGCUUACGAGUAUGAACUAUAUUACCAUAGAAAAGCUGGACAGCUAUUGGAGGACACUAAUAGUGACCUGAUGAAGGAAGAAGAAUCGCUGGUCCCACUCAUGUUCGAAACAAACAAUGAGUCGUUUAACACAUGCUAUAAGCAGAGCUUGUUGAUGCUGACGGCAUCCCUCCCCUCUGGAGCGCUAGCACCUUCAAAAAUUCAAAAAGCAGCAAAACUGACGGUGGACACCUUUAUGAGCAUCAAUCGUAUUAAGGUGAUAUAUGAUCUGCAGCUGGUCAGUGAAUUUCAUUUGCGCAUCUUCAAUAUCAUCAAAUAUCCUCUUCGCAACGCACAGAAACGAGAUAUUCUCGAACAGAAAAUUGACGACUAUCUCUCGCUUUACCCAAUCAUUCCCAUUUUGAAACCUAUAAUACGACAAUUGAUGCAUGAUGAUCAACGUGGUACGGAUGAUAAAGAUAUUACACAGAUUUUGAGCUUGCUAGAUCGACUGCUAGCAAGAUAUUUGGAACACGAACAAGCGCCUUUGUCUGUGAGGUGGUUUCCGCGUAUAUUUGAGAAAUACAUUGAUUUGUUGAAGGAAGACGGAAAGAGUUUAAGCGAGGAUAUGUACUACCAAGAUGUCAAACGGGCCACUCUCAAAUGGAGCAACAAAGAAAUCACACCCGACUCUUUCGUAGAAGAUCUGUUGGCUUUGUCUCUCAUUCCGAGUUCAAGGACGUUCUCAUUUCGUGGACAGCUGUUACCGACUCCGGCUAUGCGAUAUGCUCUGGUGUGUGUGAAAGACGAAGUUGAGCUCAAAAGCAAAUAUCUAAGACUCUGGUUUGAUUCAAUGACGUACGUGCGAACAGACCGCGAGCUCUUAAACAUUUGGAAAAAAUCGGUCACCUCAACAUUUCUGAAAAGAUGGUACGACAAGAGCCAACUCUAUCUGGUCAAGAAUCAAGAUGCAGUUAAGUUCCGAAACACAAGGCUCCUCAAGAACCAAGUUCAAAAAUGGGUCCAGAAAGUGGAAAGAAGAACAGAAACCCAACAUAAAGCGGAUUUACUCGCUGUUUCCAAGACGUUUUUCAAAUGGAAGCAGAAAACCGAGCGUUUCAAAGAGUGCGCACGUCCCGACGGCAAGGAGUCUUACUUGCUCAAGAGAAAAUUCUUCAGGCUUUGGAGGACGGCUUCACUGGCUCGUACAUCAAAGCUCUCGGAAAUUAAUGACAAAAUGACGCUUCAACUGAUGCUAGCCAGAUGGCAUCAAAAGCUCAGAAACCAUCGUCAGCUCAUAUGGAGAGCUGACCAAGCUAGAGAUAUGCUUCUCAAGUCGCAUUAUUUCAAUGUCUGGCACAGUGAAUCAGCUCCAGGAAUAGAUAAAGCAAAAAGGUUGCAAUAUUAUGAAGACCGAUUUAUCCAGGCUAAUUAUUUCCAUGGAUGGGUAAUGGCAUACAAUCUUCAUGUCCUGGAAGAGGAGGUAUACAGGAAUAACAAUCGACACCUGGUGCAUUGGAUUUUCGAGAAUUGGAAGCAAUUUCAUCGUCACCAGAAAGUUUACAAACAGUAUGCUCAAAAACGAAAUGCCGAUCUCUUGGAGAAGUUCUUCAAUAAGUGGAAUAGAGCACAGCGACUGCUUUCUGUUGCAGACGAUUUUAGAAGACAGGCCUUACUACAAAGAGUCUUGAGUCAUUGGAAGCUGGUCCUUCAGGAAUCUAAGGUGUAUCGCCAACAAGAGGCGAUAAUCUUGAAAAAGUACAUGCAAACAUGGCGAUUGCGCACGCGGGAAGAUGUAUUUUUGCAAGGUGUAGCUGACACGUUGACAAAAAAGACGUUUGAGAGUUGGCAUUCGUCGGCUGUCGGACGAAUCAAACAACGCCAGAAGGCCGAGAAACUUCAUUUGAUAUUCACGAAAAAAGCAUUUUUAAGCUUUUGGUUUUCGAAGCUGGCCCAAUCCCGUGAUUCACUAGUGCGAGCUGAGGAGUGGCGAUUAGAACACGAUGAACAACACAAGAGGAAACUCCUCUCCACAACUAUGGUAGCUUGGAUUAAAGCAUUCGAAAGGACUCAAGAAACGAACAAGAAUUUGCAAGUCAAACUCGCAGACUACGAAACGUCACAUUCCGAAGCGAGAACGUUCAAGCUCUGGAAGCAAAAAUGGGAAGAUUAUUAUCGAGAUGGCCAAGAUGCGGAAAGUUUCAGGACGUUGUCUUUGGAAACAAAAAUGUUCAACAAAUGGCUCCGUGCUUAUGAUAGAAUUUUGGAACUGAACGAAAUAUGCGAUCACCAUCUGGAGGUGAGCAAUGUCGACCUCCUUUCUCACAUUGUAUCUCAAAUGUCGCUCAAAGCGAUCAAAAUCCAGAAUGACCUGCGAAAUGCCGACCGCUUCAAAGAGAGAUGGUCUCGGAAUAAAAAGAGAGUAUUUUUUGAUAUGUGGAGGUUCAGCUACGAAGAAAAGAAAAAGAAUAGAGAGGACGUUUUUGUGGACACAAAUGAAGUAUCGUCAUUAUCUCCGCUGGCCCAACGCAGACGUUUUAAUGGAACUGUUCCAGAGACGCCGGGUGUUGCUUUUGGAACGCCCGGACGGUGGCUGCGCACCCCUGCUGUUGCACGGACAAAUUCAAUUCCUGCUACGGAACGGGUUAGAAGAAUGUACCUCGAGCAGCGCCGCAGCCAGUAUCGCCAGGUCAAACAGAGAUCGCCGGAAAAAGGAGACAUCUCGACUCCGACGCGCCGGGCCCGCGCCGAGCGAACAUAUCUGGACGAGGACAACGUAUUUAUACAACGCGACGAAAUAUAA